ACUUUGAUCAGCAUCAGGUGAAAAAAAAAAUAUAUAUAUAGGUAUAUUUUUUACGAUAAAAUAAUCAACAAUGAAUUCCAACAAUGAUCAGCUUGAUCAAGUGAAACUAAUCAACUGGUGCAACAAAGACAUAUUGCCAAUACUUAAAAAUUGUGUUGAUGAUAAUUUAAAUAAUGUGACACUGGACAUAUCAGUACCAAAAGAUUGUCAUUAUUUAUCAACAGUCUAUUUUUUAAAUAUAAAAAUUAAAGAUGAAAAUAAAUGUAUUUAUACAGUGAUUAAAAAGCCAAAUGAAAAUUCACCAUUGAUCAAAAUAUUAAAUCCAUAUAAAUUAUUUCACAAUGAAGCUUUGUUUUAUAAAAAAAUAGCUUGUUAUAAUAAACAAUUUCCUAAAUGUUAUUGGAGCUCAAUAGAUGAAGAGAAUAUUAACAAUACAUUGAUAAUAUUAGAAAACAUUGGAACAUUGGGUUUUAAAAUAUGUCCAAGUCUGUAUGACAUUCCAUUUGAGUAUGUCAUUUCUGGAGUUCAAGAGCUUGCCAGGUUCCAUGGAAUGGGAUACACCAUGAAAAUAAAUCAACAUUCAAUAAUGGAAGAGAUCAUCAAUGAUAUUCAAGAAGCUAAAUAUACACCGGAUAAUUUUUAUUCAACGUAUUUUAAUUUAAUAUCAAUGAGACCAAUUAAAUGGCUACGUGAACAAAAUUAUGAUGUAAAAUUUUGUAAUAAAAUGGAGCAUUAUAUGAAAAAUGCAUAUCAAUAUUUUAUUUUAGACUUGAUCAAGCCAAUUGAACCACUGGCAGUAAUUUGUCAUGGUGAUUUUACAAGAAAUAAUAUUUUAUUUCGAAAGACAAAUGAUAUUAUUGAGCCUAGAUUAAUUGAUUUUGCUAUGAUGCGUUAUGCAUCACCAGGCAUUGAUCUAUCAACAUUUUUAUUUUACAGUGUUUCGAAAAAUGACAGGAAAGAAAGAUUCAAUGAAAUAUUUAAGGCUUAUCAUGAUGCCUUGAUUAAAUAUCUUAAUGAUGAAAAUAUUAAAAUUAUAGAUUGUUUUUCUUAUGAUAAUUUAGUGGCAGAUUAUAAGCAUCAUGUUAUGUUUGGAUAUAUUAUUGCAAUAUGUUUUUUGCCAAAUUUUUAUGGUAUUUGUAAAAUGUCAAAUGCAAUGGUUGCCAGUAAUUAUGAUCCAGCAAAAACAUAUACAGUCAGUAAUAUUGGCAAUGCUGGUGGUGAUGAAUUAUCGAAACGAUUUGCUGAAAUGUUGAUUGAAAUUCGAGAGCUCGGUGGUCUUGAUCAUCUUGAAGAUUUGUAA